AAGGGGAGCGAGUGCCGGAGGAGUGCGUGGUCUGAGAGGAGGAGGAGGAGGAACGAAGGGACCGAAACCGCGACUUUAAGGGGAGGAGUGGAAACCAAAGAUCUUAGAGCGGAAACGUGAGGAGCCAAUUGUUUUUUGAACUUCCAUCAGAAAUUAGGACAGGCCAACAGAGAGUGUUGGAGAAUCUAAGGAGAGGACUCGAUAAUAUCGAUUACUGAGCACGUUAGCCCCGACGGGCUCAGCAAACUAUAUAUUAGUGCGUGUUUGCAGUAGAUAUUUGUUACUCUUUUACCGCAUUUAGAUGGGGCAUCAUGAAUGUAAACAGAAAUCAGCUGAAACAUUGAAGAAAAUGGAAAAUCAAAUAUUUGUAUCAAAAAAAGAACGUACAUUCCAGCACCAAGAUUCUCUACCUCCUUUACCGGUUCCCCUUCUCGAGGAAAGCUUGGAAAAAUAUUUAGAUGCAGUGAAGCCGUUUUUGAAUGAAGAAGAACUUCAAAGGAGUACAGAAAUUGUUAAAAGAUUUGAAAAAGGAAUUGGAAAACAACUACAUCAAAAACUUCUGGAGAGGGCCAAAGUUAGAAGAAACUGGCUUGAGGAAUGGUGGCUAAUCAGUGGCUAUUUGGAGGUCCGAAUGCCAUCAAUGUUGAACGUAAACUUCGGAGGACCUGGUCCUUACCUUGAACAUUUUUGGCCACCGAAAGAAGGCACACAGCUUGAACGAACAGCAAUAGCUGUUUACCAUAUCCUGCAGUUUUGGAAGCUACUUAGGAAGCAAUGCUUGGCUGUACAUAAAGCUGGUGGUGUGCCACUAGACAUGAAUCAAUUUUGUAUGCUGUACAAUACCUGCAAAAUACCUGGAGUAACCAGAGAUUCCCUUGUCAACUACUUUAAAACAGAAGCUGAAGGUCCAAGCCCCUCUCAUUUAGUUGUCCUUUGUCGUGGACGAGCAUUUGUGUUUGAUACCUUGCUUGACAAUCAAAUCCUCACACCGCCAGAGCUUCUCAGACAACUCACAUAUAUCAGGGAAUGCUGUAACAAUGAAGCAGAAGGGCCAGGUGUGUCAGCAUUAACUGCUGAGGACAGAACACGGUGGGCAAAGACACGGGAACAUCUAAUUAGCCUGGAUCCCAAAAAUGUGGCUAUCUUGGACCAAAUUCAGAGCUCAUUGUUUAUACUAUCAUUGGAUGAUGCUAGCCCCCAUGCAACACCGGAUGAUUACUCUGAAGCAUGUUUAUCAGCCCUAACUGGAAAUCCAACUGUACGAUGGGGUGACAAGUCGUAUAAUUGUCUCAGUUACUCCAAUGGAACGCUUGGUUCAAAUUGUGAUCAUUCUCCAUAUGAUGCAAUGGUCAUGGUUUCCUUGUGUUAUUAUGUUGAUCAAACUCUGAAGUUAGACGAAGGCAAAUGGAAGGGAUCGACUGCAGUGCGUGACCUGUCUUUACCAAACGAGAUGGUUUUUGUGUUGGAUCAAUCGAUUCUAAAUGAUAUAGAGAAUGCUAAACAGCAGUAUUACAAGCAGGCAUCAGAUGUCCAAAUUGUCAGUUAUGCCUUCACUGGAUUUGGCAAAUCUCUGAUCAAAGAUAGAAAGCUUCAUCCAGACAUAUUUGUACAACUUGCUCUUCAGUUGGCCUACUAUAGGUUUCAUGGACGGCCUGGCUCCUGUUAUGAAACUGCAACAACAAGGCGAUUUUACCAUGGUCGAACCGAGACAAUGAGAUCCUGUACAGUUGAGGCAGUGGAAUGGUGCCGAGCAAUGCUGGAUCCAGCAGUGUCUAAAAUGAAACGUCAACAAAUGAUGAAGAUAUCCUUUGCAAAGCAUCACAAAUUGAUGGCCGAAUGUCAGAACGGUAGAGGGUUUGACCGUCACCUCCUAGGUCUGCUUCUUAUAGCCAAGGAGGAAGGUCUUCCUGUGCCGAAGAUCUUUUCUGAUCAUGCAUUCACUAAAAGUGGUGGCCGAGGAAAUUUUGUUCUUUCAACUAGCCUGGUUGGAUAUACCACGAUCCUGGGUGCUGUUCUUCCUAUGGUCUACAACGGCUAUGGAUUUUUCUAUCGUAUUCGCGAUGAUAGGAUUGUUGUAGCUUGUUCUGCCUGGAAAUCAUGCCCAGAGACUGAUGCAGAAGAACUGUACAAGGGGCUGGUUCAGUCCUUUCAUGAAAUGAUCAACUUGAUGACAACAGCCCAGCUUUAAAUGACAGGAAAAAAAUAUACUGCUUAAAAAGUACUUAAGUGCUAAACCUGUACAUGUUUGCAUUAGUGUACUAGUAAUAAAUGCCUGUGCCUCUAAAAUGAAUGCUGCAAAACGUGAAGCAUUGGAACACAUUUUUUUAAAUUACUACUUUGCAAUAUCAAUGUAACUUUUUUAAACUGUGCACAAGACAAUGCAAAAAGUGCAGUAACAAUGCAGAUUCCUAAAUACAAAGCAUCUUUUGUAUUUUGCUUUUAUUGAAUCAGUAGAUUUUGUAGAAUCAGCAAAAAUGACACUAAAAUUACUUUUAAUUAUGUCUUGAUGGGCCAAGUCAUUCUUGAAAACAUUUUAUAGAUCUGAAACUAAGAAACAAACACAAAUGUCUAGGAUAGAAAAAGGUUUACUUACAAUUUAUAAAUAUAAUUUUAGUGUUUAUCAAAUAUGUUAUGUAUAAUAGAAUAUUAAAAUUAUUUUAAGUAAAGCUGGCAUUGGAACAGUGGUUCACAACUGUGUCUUGUGUUUACAUUGUUAAUAAUGGUCUCCUAACGUGAAUGUGAAGUAUGGAAUAACCAAACUAACAUUAAGUAUGUUAAUCAAAUCUGAAAUAGUUUUUGACAUUUGAAAUAUACUAACGGGCAAUUGUUUUAAUUUCUGAUUCAAAGUAGGCUGUAUUGAUGAUUGAAAUGUUAAUUGGGCAACUGAUGAAUUCUUGAUUGAAUGUAAUUAUUUUUUCCCUACUUACCAUUAGUUUGAUGUUCUGUUUUAAGAUAACAAACGUUCAUUUUCUGCCUGUUUUAGUUCACUGCAUGUUUCCAUCAGAAAUGGAAAUAUAUUUUUAGGAUAGAUUUUGCUGCCAGUGAAAACCCCCAGUUUCAGCUGUUGCACCAUGUGACAAUGCAUCGCGAUGAGUGACCUCUCUGGAUUCCUCCAACUUUCUCUGUUCUAUAGAUUUUCCUUGCCACGUCCCAUCCGCCUCACACAAGCUCGCAUCUUAUUCACAUAUCUGUCUGUUCCAUAGUCCUGAACUAGUUCGUUUUACUUUUCUCCUCAAUUUUCUUUAUUUGUUUUUGCUGGAUUUUUCUUAUUUUUAAAAUCUACCUGUUUACUUGUAUCUUCUCCACCAUUUACCUUUCCUGUCCUUCUCUACUUUCUUAUGUUACUGCCUAUUUAAAUAACAAGUAUCCAUUAAGCUUAAUUAUUAGCUUUUGUGAUGAAGCCUAUUGCUCAGAAGUUCCAUUGUUUCCAAAAAGUGGGCAUGCCCCAUAAACAGACAGCACCUCUUUGAAAACAUACUAAGCUUUAUUAUCCUAAUUUAUGCUGGAACAUGACAGGGGAAGGAGUGAUCUUAUAACCUCUGAACGUCCUUGUUCGGGCCUUUAUUUUACAGAGGACUCCCUUCUUGAUUGCAAUGCCUGCUGCUCUUCUUUACUUAACUGAUUAUAGACUCUGAAAUAUUGCUUCUGUAGCACUAGUGAGGCAAUAUAUCUGGGGGGUUCUGCCUAGAUUAUUAUUAGCCAGUAGGCAGUAAUAUGUUUCAAACCUGUGAACCUCUUUCUAAACUUACAAAGCAAGUUGAGACGGAAUAUUGUUUCUUUGAAAAUAAAACCACAUGUUAAAUUUGCGAUUGCAUGUUUCCACACUGAAUGUGUGCACUACACUGGUAGAGAAGCACUGCAUGGUAAUUGCCAAUGAAGAACAAAUUGACUGUAAAUGAAAAUGAAAAUGCUGGAAAUAACCAGCAGGUCAGCAUCUGUGAGAAAAUGAAACGAGUCAAUACCUCAGGCGAAUGAGGGGAAAAAAUGUAAAUUUUAAAUUGCAAAGGUCGGGGAGAGAGAAUAUCUGUGGAAAGAUUGAGACCAGGAAUGCCAUGAGGAUAAGUUGCAGAUAUCAUGUAGCCGAUGGAUUAAUGGGGACAGAGCGUGAGAAUUCAAACAAAGGAAUGUAAAAAGUUAUGAAAUGCAGAGUAUGUUGGACUUGCCUAACAGGUUAAUGGAGGGAGAAAAAACGGAGCCAACGUCACAGAUGACUUGCCACAGAAAUGGACAGCCCUGACAAGUUACCUAAAGUUGUAGAAUUCAAGUGUGGAAGGCUGCAAUUUGCUCAGGUGAAAAGUGAGGCACUGUUCAAGUUUCAUUAUAAAAUAGACAUACUGUAGCAAUAGUUAGUUCUUUACAUUUGGAUGUUGCUUGAUGCACUGCAAGAUUAAUAUUUGAAAUUGUUAAACGAGCAGUGGAAUAAGUAAUUAGUGUUUUGCAACUGUUUUGCUCAAACAAAUAUUGUUAUGAACAGGUACGCGAUGACUAAAAAUGAACAAUAAUAAAGGAUGGUUAGUGGUUUAAAAAAAAGUACAAUAUAGAUGAAGACAAAAUAAGUGAUUUAGCUCCAUCCAAGGCUUGAGCUCAUCUCACAAUCGGUUGAGAUGUAUCCAGGCAAAGUGAUGUAAAGAUGUAAACAUUUGAUUGUAAAAUCUUAUAGAUUCUUCCCUGAUGUUUAUAAUUAAUUUCAAUACUACUGUAUAAUACAUUGUACACUGUGGUUUAGUUGUUUCAUUUGAUUUGGAUAAUGCAAAUGGUAAGGUCAAUGUUGAACGGGAAGUUCUUUGCAUUCACUCUUACCUGUAAAUUCUCUAAAGUUAUCUCUUUCUCGUAAUGUUUUUCUUUGAUCUCUUUACGUUAGAUUUCACAUGUCCAAAAAUGAAAUUUUAAAUAAAUUCAUUCCUUCUUUAA